AUGAAUCACAGUGAUAAUGGGACAUACGAGGGAAUGCUGCCCUGUGAUCAGAAUGUGUUCACCGACGAGCAAAUCGACAUGCGUUUAAUGGGAAAUAUGCCGAUCUCCGUUUUUGGAAUGUUCACAAAUCUCAUCAAUAUUGUUGUCUUCCUCGACGUGGAGAUGCGUGUUCAACUCGUCAACCAUUUUUUGUUAGCUUUAUCGAUUUCCGAUCUACUGCUUCUCAUUUGCAAUUUCUUUUUCUUAAUCUUUCCCGUCAUUGCGAUGAUGUCAACACGAGUCGAUUUACACAAUGCGUACCCGGUGGCAUUGUGGCACGCCUACCCAUUGGCUUUGACAACACAAACGUGUGGAGUCUACUUGACGGUGCUCGUCUCCGUUCAUCGAUAUCUUGGCGUUUGUCAUCCAUUUCGCGCCAAGCGUUGGGUCUCCGGUCGUCCCGUCAAAACGGCAAUCGUUGGAUCGAUUCUUUUCUCGGUAUUGAUCAACGUUCCGUCGUGGUUCGAGUUGAUGAUCGUGCCGUGUUACGCGAAAAGUUUCAGUCAAACAAUAAACUUCCUCAGCCUUACUCCCCUUCAGCAGCACCGUGCCUACAACAUUAUCGCUAAGGUGAUCGGCUACACAAUGGUGAUGUUCAUCAUUCCAUUCAUGACGCUCAUCUUUGUAAAUUGCCGAAUUUUGGUGGCAUUGAAGCAAAGUAAACACUUGCGAAAUAUGCACUCGUCAAAGAAAUCGACCACAAGUCGAAGUAUGGUGAUGAAUCAGUUUCGGAUGUUGAAAAACUCGAAAUACGCGGAUCUCUUUCAGACAUUGACUCGAAUGACAGGCAUUCAUCCUCCAUUUUUGAGUCUCACACACAAACCAAAAUCCUACUACGAAAGAGGAAUCCAAAAAUUGCCUGUAAAAUGGGCAGAAUUCGUCAAUAAUAAUGGAAAUUAUUUGGAA